UGCAGCCGCACAAAUGAGUAUCGAGGUCUCCCUCAUCAUCAUCAUCAUCAUCAGCAGCAGCAGCAGCAGCAUCGAGCGGAGCCCGCGCUGCAACAUCAUCCACCGUCAUUACGCACCAACUCUGAACCAAGUCGACCUCGGUCCCUGUCCAGCCUUAACGCAGUGAGGAGCCUCGAUCGUACCGGAGCAUGAAGAAAACUGCCAACUCAGCUCUAAAGAGGUCUUUUGAAGUGGAGGAUGUGGACACUUCAGCAAACUCGUCCCCCGGCUCCCGUCGCACAACCAACUCCCCUCACCGUAACGCCAUGUCCCCCACAAGCAUCUACUACCGCGACCUGGGCACUGCCGCUCAGACCAACAACAACAACCUCAACUACACUCAACCCCGCUCCAUCAUGGGCGGCGGAGGCUCCAGAACCCCCGAACCUGUGUCCCGUCGCUCGGAACUUUCCAUUGACAUCUCGUCCUCCAGCAAGCAAGUUGAUAACAUGACUAGCCCUGCGUCAAUGCGCUACGUCAGCAACAGCUCACUGAAGCGCCCGGAGGUCCUCGGCCACAAGACCCCUGAGAUGACCCACAAAAGGGAGGUCACAUUCGCCAAGACCCCGACCGACUCCCCGGGGAUGCGCAGGAGUGAAGGCAACAACAACAACGGGACCAGCCGGACCCCUGAGCACAACCACACUCGCAGGUUUGAGCCUCCAAGUCCAGGAGACGUCCGCAAGCCUGAAAUCAGCAUCACCAGGGCUCCGGUGGAGAACAACGGCCACCACGCGGCAGUGCACCACCCGCACCACCCCAACCCCCACCACAAUGCCAUCGUCACCACCUUCCGCUGUGCGUCGCCCAACCACGGACGCAAGUCUCCAAAUCCCGACAGGUCGGAGGUCAGUCUGAGCCACAGCAUGUCUGAAUCUGCCAAACACCACCACCACCAUGCCCCGCAUGGCAAGGGGGACAAAACCCACGGCAGUGACUUCGGCUACGUUGGCAUCGAUGCCAUCUUGGAGCAGAUGAGGAGGAAGGCCAUGAAACAAGGCUUCGAGCUCAACAUCAUGGUCGUGGGGCAAAGUGGUCUGGGCAAGUCCACCCUCAUGAACACGCUCUUCAAGUCCAAAGUGAGCCGCAAAUCUGUUCAGCCCAACUCCGAGGAGAGAAUCCCCAAAACCAUCGAGAUCAAGUCCAUCAGUCACGAUAUCGAGGAGAAAGGUGUGAGGAUGAAGCUGACGGUCAUCGACACUCCUGGCUUUGGGGAUCAGAUCAACAAUGAAAACUGUUGGCAGCCCAUCAUGAAGUUCAUCAACGAUCAGUAUGAAGCCUACCUGCAAGAGGAAAUCAACAUCAACAGAAAGAAGCGCAUCCCAGACUCCAGGGUCCACUGCUGCAUAUACUUCAUCCCCCCUACUGGCCACUGUCUGAGGCCCCUGGAUGUGGAAUUCAUGCGACGCCUCAGUAAGGUGGUCAACAUCGUGCCUGUCAUUGCCAAGGCUGACACACUCACCCUGGAGGAGAGGGACUACUUCAAGCAGACGAUAAGGGAAGAGCUGCGAGCCAAUGGGAUUGAUGUCUACCCUCAGAAGGAAUUCGAUGAGGAUGCAGAAGACAGAAUGAUUAAUGAUAAAAUUCGGGAGAUGAUUCCAUUCGCAGUGGUGGGCAGUGACCAGGAAUACCAGGAAAAUGGGAAGAGAAUUCUGGGGAGAAAAACAAAGUGGGGAACCAUAGAAGUUGAAAACAUUGCGCACUGUGAGUUCGCGUACCUGCGAGACCUCCUGAUCCGGACACACAUGCAGAACAUCAAGGACAUCACAGGCAGCAUCCACUACGAGACGUACCGAGUCCGCCGGUUAAACGAGUCCAACACUCACGUGACGUCCCGUCCACCGGAUACCAUACCGCCAAAAGUCCAAAACGGUCAGCCUGAGGUGCCGCCUGCCGCCAUCCAGGCCAACGGGGUGGCAGCCCAGCAUGAGGUCAUGUCCCAUGAGAUGUAGAAAAUGUGCGGAGCAGCAGCACACACAGCCAAACUUCCACACACACACCAUGCUGUUUACAUAAAUGUGACCCUCUCGGAUUCCCAACAUAUUUAAGUGUAGAUCUAGUAUUAAAAAUCCUCUUCUGCUGCUUGUUUGCCAUCAGCAAACAAAGGCAGUGAAACGUCCAAAUAUCUGCAUAUCAGAAACUAGAAUACCUUAAAUAUAAGCAUCACUCGCCCCUCUUUGUGUUGUGGUAUACAGUUCUGUAUAGAUUUAGACUUGGAGGACUUUGACUCCUCCGCACCGGAAUAGGUAUCAACAGUGUGGAGCAGCUAACUGAACUGAAAUCGCCCCUUGUUACUUCCCCCCUUUGGUUGUGAUGUUUCUAAACUGUUGUCUUUUUUCUAUCAUGUUGUGUUUAAGACAGUCAUAUCCUGCAUUUUACACGUAAUGUUGUAUUUUUGUUGCUGUCGUUCAUCUAAUGUUAUUGUAGAAGGUCGUGUGUGAUCAUGUGACUCCCUGCCAUUUGGUUUUAGACGGUAGUUUGAAUUGAGUUUUUUGUGUUCUCCACCGAAGCACAUCUUGCACGUGCACUGUAACAAUAUUUAUGUGAGUAGUAGUUGAAUUACGUUAAGACAAGUUUCAUUUCAGCUAAAAGAGGUUUGUUUGAUUCGGCUGCACUUUAAUUUGCUACUAAAGUCUUCACCAACAUAUUGACCCCCACGAGAGAAUAAGAUAUUUAACCAAGCCUUUACUCGACAGAGCAUUUCAUGCAGUGACACGUUUAUUUGCCAAAAUGAAAAAAAACAAUGCUUUUGUUGUUGGAAAAUUUCGUCCUAUUAAAGAUUAACUUUGCAAACUAUUUUCAUCCGCAGAUUGAGUUUUCAAAAAUGGGCUUAUGUUUGUUUACUUUUGUAUAGUUCUUUUGGUCAUUUGUAAUGGUAUAUAAGAUUGAGGUUUUAUCUUCCACAUGCAUCAGAAAGAAUAAAGAUUGAUAUUUUUAUUGUCUAA